AUGGAAGAGUUCCGCAAUGAGGUCAUUGGAACCUUGCAGGUCUCGCAGGAGCUGGUGACUGUUACUCUCAGGCACGGCUCCAUUGAUGUUGUUGUCGAGGGACAAGGUGCAGCGCUGGUGCGCAGUCACUCCUCACCUUGCUUACCCAGGUGGGUGAAGCCUGGUGAAGGGCCUUCCCAGUUGGAUCGGCAUCUCAGUGGCCUGUGUCGGCCCUGUCUCUUCUUCACGCGCAAGGCUGACGGAUGCCUUCGCGGGGACACCUGCGACCAUUGUCAUCUCUGCAGCGCAGAGCAGACCAGGCGCAAACUGAACCGAGCCAAGGCUGAGCGUCGCGCACGGAGAUUGGCGGCCCAAUGA